AUGAAGCUGAACAGAGACAAAUGCAAGAUUGGACUCAGUGAAAUCAGCUACAUUGGACAUGUGUUGAGCAAGGAUGGGCUGAAACCGGACAUGGGAAAAGUAAGAGCCAUACAAGAAAUACCAGAGCCACAGGACAAAACGGAGCUACAGAGAAUCAUGGGAAUGGUGCAGUACUUAGCCAAAUUCAUUCCUAAUCUCGCCGAAGUGUCUCCUCCUCUCAGGAAGCUACUGGAAGCAAGGCUGCAGAAAAUGUUGAUGAGACUCCAAAAGUAUAGCCUAAAUGUGAACUACAAGCCUGGUAAGGAAAUGCACAUUGCAGAUGCAUUAAGCAGAGCCAGCCUAAAAGAUCUCACAGAUAGCACACAGGAGGAGGAGCUGGAUGUGAGCUACGUUGUGCAACAGUUACCUGUGUCAGAGGAGAAGCUCCAGCAGUUCAAAGAGGCAACUCAAGAGGACGAGGAACUAAGACAGUUUGGGGGGACAGAAAAUCCAACCCAGAAAGGCAAGGCCGCAAAGGGUCCUAAGAGAGCUGUGUUUGGACAGCUUACCAACGUUCCUGUUGCAGCCGUCAACACCAAGAAAAAUGGAUCAGACGAAGCUGCAACCAAAUCAUUGCUCAAACGAAAAACCAAGCAAACCGCGGUCCAACAUUGUGGUCCUCCAAAGGCGGAUGAAAUUCCGCCUUCCUCCAUCCAAGAGGAAUCAGCUGGUGUGUCGAUGAUGGAAGAGGAACUUUGCCAGGCCUUCUCUGAAACUCUCCUUGAUGUGGAGGACAUUGACAAGAAUGAUUCAGAUGUGCCACAGAUGUGUUCUGAAUACGUGAAGGACAUCUUUGUUUAUCUACGGAGCCUAGAGGAACAGCAGGCUGUACGACCCAAAUACAUGCACGGCUAUAAAAUCAAUGGACGUAUGCGCGCCGUCCUCGUUGAUUGGCUGAUUGAAGUUCACGCCAGCUUCCAGCUAUUGCAGGAGACUCUUUAUCUCACAGUUGCUGUAUUGGAUCGUUUUCUCCAGGUCCACCCAAUUUCACAACAGAAGCUGCAGCUGGUUGGCGUGACUGCCAUGUUUUUAGCUUCAAAAUAUGAAGAGAUGGACUGCGUAGAUGUUGGGGACCUUGCCUACGUCACAGACAAUUCCUUCUCCAACGCUCAAAUCCUGGAGAUGGAGCGAGUUAUUUUUCGGCAACUCAACUUUAACCUGGGACGCCCCCAUCCACUACACUUCCUCAGGAGGGCUUCAAAAGCCUCCAAUUCUAAUGUAGAGACGCAUAUCCUCGCCAAGUAUCUGAUGGAGCUGACCCUCCUUGACUACGACAUGGUGCACUACCGACCCUCAGAGAUCGCUGCUGCCUCCCUGUACCUUGCCCAGCUGCUCUUUGAUGAACUGCCUUGGUCUUCUACACAGAAGCACUACACAACAUACGAUGAAAUCCACCUGAAGCCAAUUGGGCAGCACAUUGCUAAAAACGUUGUGAUCAUGAAUGAGGGGAAAACAAAGUUCCAGGCUGUAAAGGGCAAGUAUUCAUGCGACAAACUGAUCAAGGUCAGCCUCGCCCCUCAACUAAAGUCUCCUGUGCUGACCAACAUGGCUGCUCCUCUUCUCAAACCCUGA